CUCUCCCCCACUGACACUUCUCAUUCUGCACGAGUCCGCAACUAUGGGCUCUAUCUCGACAGCUGGAGAGGCUGUGGCGCGAAUCGCAUACCUAUCUAGCGAUGUGAUCGUGUCUGUCCAGCCCUCUCUCGCAUCCGACAGCGAGUUUUCGGAAUUUCUCCGUUCUUUCCAGAAGAACAAUGCCCCGAGUCUCGUCGCAAAGGAGCAGCCCCAGAUCCUCGCUAUUCGACAUAAUGCGGAUCCGCUGCUCUCGGUCUUCAAACCUAUCCGCGCGGGGAAGCUCACUUCGGUCACGACCACUUCAUCCAUCCUCGUAAAGUCAAUACCACAUUUAUACAAACUAGCUCAGUAUCCCGUCGUCAUUCAUGUCUCGGUCCAGCCCCUCGGCUUCCCGGACUUCUCCGAUAUCACGUCGAUUCGGCAAUGUGGCUUUACAUUCCUCCAGUCCGAGACGCUGCAGCAGACGCAGGAUAUUGCACUGACCGCUCAUGCCUUGGCUAUCAAGUCGGGGAAGGGAGUCAUACAUUUCUUUGAUUCGGGCGCGAUUGCUAUGAGCAAGCAGAUUCCGUAUGAGAACCGCGAGCUGGCACGGGCUAUACUGGAUCUGGAUGCUGUGGUGGCAUUUCAGGGUACGAGGGCCGAGGAGACUUCGCUGUACGCAGAUGAUGGGAGGGUAGCAACCCUAGCCGUUGCGCGAAGCCAAGCAACAACGGCCAGUGGAGCACCCACCGGGCCCGUGCGUCCACCAGGCGAUGGAAAGACUCUAUCAUUACCAGACAGGACGAGCGCGAGAGCAUCCUCAUCAGGUUCCUCGAGGCGCGAGAGCAGCACUACCAGUGGCAGGUCGCUGUCUUCGGCUACGACUGUGGAGUCCCUGGCCUCCAAGACUGUGUCCUCGGAGGAUAUCUACCGCUUCGCUUGCCAGAUCUGGGCGAACUUCAAGGAAGCCACAGGGCGAUCUUAUGAUGCAUUCGAAUAUACUGGGCCUCAGGAUGCUGAGGCAGCUUUGUUCUUGUUUGGCGCCGACACCGCAAUUUUCGCGGAUGAAGUCGAUGCAGCCGCUGACCGUUCUGAGCAAUAUGGCAAUGUUGGAAUCCUCACAGCUAGAUUAUAUCGACCAUGGCUAGGUGCUUCCCUUGCGCCUUUGCUUCCCAAAUCAAUCAAGAGGAUCGCCGUUCUGGAACAAGUCCGUCGGAAGACUACUAAGUGGGGCCCUCUUCUGCUAGAUCUCUUGAUGUCAUUGAAAUCAAGCGGUCCGCACUCUCCCAUGAUUGUCGGCUAUCAAUUGGGUUACAUCAACGAGAAAACCGUACAGCAGGCACUACGCGGGGUUUUCCAAAACCUUCUAAGCGAGGCACCGGUGCAGAACUUGCAGAUUGGAAAUCUCGAUGGACCCAAGACGAGAGACCAGAAAGUGAAGCUUGAGCAGCCUGCGCUGGAAAAUGCAUAUAUGAAGAUUCUAAACCAGGUGUUUGGUGAGAAGCUUCAUGUCGCGAAUCAGUUGGGCGCAAAGAAUGCCGGCAUAUCGAAUGAAAUCUCAUCAACCCCCGAGUAUGGCUUUGGAUCCCUACUCGCUCGGAAAGAACAUCGGUCGCGUUUUAUCGAGGAGGUUCGAGCGGCAUCCAAGAGCAACGACUUCGUCACCAAGGCUCCUCUCCAAUGGCUCGCGAAGUGGGCACUGGAUGCGGAGAAUGGGGACAAAGCAAACGAAUUAGCUCCCGAAGUCAUCGCUCGGUUAGGCACCGAUGGCUCCCCCGCAGCUAGCAAAUUGCUUUCUUCCAGGGGGCUCUUUUUCCGAGAGUCCCCAUGGCUGGUUGGAUCAGAUGCAUGGGCAUACGACCUCGGGAACUCUGGUGUUCACCAUGUGCUUGCUUCUGGGGAGAAUGUCAACAUGCUCAUUAUUGAUUCACAACCGUAUUCAGAGCACGUGGCCGCUGAUGCCGCUAGACGGAAGAAGGAUAUUGGUCUGUAUGCCAUGAACUUUGGCAACGCAUAUGUUGCCUCAGUCGCCGUCUACAGCUCGUAUACCCAGGUUUUGGAGGCCAUGAUCGAAGCAGACAAAUUCAAUGGUCCGUCAGUGGUUCUUGCCUAUCUGCCAUACGAGAAGGAGAAUGAUUCUCCUUUGACGAUUCUCCAGGAGACGAAGAAGGCAGUUGAUCUUGGGUACUGGCCACUUUACAGGUGGGAUCCGCGUGGCGAUGAGAAGGGCGAGCCAAACUUCCGACUAGAUUCCGAGAGGAUCAAGAAAGAGUUGGAAGAGUUCCUCCAACGGGACAACUACAUGUCGCAACUCAUGAAGAGGCAUCCAGAGUUCUCCGCAAAUCUUUCUGCUUCAUACGGCACCGAGGUUAGGCAGCUGCAGAAGAGGAAGGCAAAGGAUGCUUAUGGCAAGCUUCUCGAGGGUCUUGCUGGAGACCCAAUGACGGUCUUGUUUGCAUCUGAUAAUGGCAAUGCGGAGAGCCUUGCCAGGAGAAUGGCAAAUCGUGGUAAAGCUCGAGGCUUGAAGACGAUGUGCAUGGCCAUGGAUGACUAUCCACUCGAGGACUUUUCAAAUGAGCAGAACAUUGUCCUGGUCACGAGUACCGCCGGUCAAGGAGAGUUUCCCCAGAAUGGUAGAACAUUCUGGGAGGCGGUCAGGGACUCGACAGAUCUCGACCUCGCCACUGUGAACUUCGCAGUGUUCGCUCUCGGAGACAGCCAUUACUGGCCGCGUAAAGAGGACAAGAUAUAUUACAACAAGCCCGGCAAAGACCUGCACAACCGACUCCUUACUCUCGGUGGUAAGCCCCUGACUGAUUGCGGACUUGGAGACGACCAGGAUCCGGACGCGUAUCAGACUGGUUAUGUUGAGUGGGAGCCGAAAUUGUGGCAAGCUCUCGGCGUAGACAAGGUCGAAGGCCUUCCAGAUGAGCCACCACCAAUCACAAACGAAGAUAUCAAGAUUGCCUCUAACUAUUUGCGAGGAACCAUUGAGGAAGGAUUGGCGGACACAAGUACAGGUGCGAUUUCUGCCAGCGAUCAACAGCUCACCAAGUUCCAUGGCACGUACAUGCAGGAUGAUCGGGAUCUCCGCGAUGAGAGGAAAGCUCAAGGUCUUGAGCCAGCGUAUUCUUUCAUGAUUCGAUGCAGGCUACCUGGAGGUGUUGCUACCCCUCAUCAAUGGCUGCAGAUGGACGAAAUUAGCACAAAGCUGGGCAACGAGACCAUGAAGCUCACUACCCGGCAGACCUUCCAGUUCCAUGGCGUCGUCAAGGGCAAGCUUAAGCCUGCAAUGCAAGCCAUCAAUAAAGCACUCAUGACGACUAUUGCAGCUUGUGGCGACGUCAACCGUAAUGUUAUGUGUAGCUCUUUACCACAACAUUCGCAAUAUCAUUCUGAAGUCUAUGCCAUCUCUAAGAAGGUCAGCGAUCACCUCCUCCCAUCCACCACCGCCUAUCACGAGAUCUGGCUUGAAGAUGAUGAGACCAAGAAAAAGAGGCAAGUCGCUGGAAACGCUGUGGUCGAUCACGAACCUCUCUACGGCCCCACCUACCUCCCCCGAAAGUUUAAGAUCACCAUCGCCAUUCCACCACACAACGAUACAGAUGUCUACGCCCAUGACAUCGGCCUCAUCGCCAUCAAAGGCAGCGAUGGCCAUCUCGAAGGGUUUAACGUUCUCGCCGGAGGUGGCAUGGGCGUAACACAUAACAACAAGAAGACAUACCCCCGAACCGGCAGCAUGCUUGGCUACGUGCCCGCCUCCGUCGUACAUAUCGCAUGUGAGAAGAUCAUGCUCGUCCAACGUGACCACGGCGACCGCAACAAUCGGAAACACGCUCGUCUAAAAUACACCAUGGACGACAUGGGCGUCGACGUCUUCCGCGGCAAAGUUGAAGAACUCUGGGGAUCGCAAUUCGCCUCGCCAAAGCCGUUCAAAUUCGCCAGCAACAUCGACACGUUCGGGUGGCAAAAGGACGAAAACGAUUUCAAUCACUUCACUUUCUUCAUCGAAAAUGGACGCGUUGAGGACACUGCUGACUUCCCAAUGAAAUCCGGCCUCAUCGAAGUCGCCAAACUUGGCAAGGGCGAAUUCCGCCUCACUGGCAACCAACAUCUCAUCCUCUCUAACAUUGCGGACGCCGAUCUACCACAAAUCAAAGACCUCCUCCGCAAAUACAAACUCGACAAUACGAAUUUUUCGGGGAUGAGACUAAGUAGUAGCGCCUGCGUCGCGUUCCCUACUUGCGGUCUCGCAAUGGCGGAAUCAGAACGCUACCUCCCCGAACUAAUCACCAAGCUUGAAUCUACACUCGAAGAAUGCGGACUCCGUCAAGACUCCAUCGUCAUGCGCAUGACAGGGUGCCCCAAUGGUUGCGCAAGGCCGUGGCUUGCCGAAGUAGCGUUCGUUGGCAAGGCAUUCGGCGCGUAUAAUAUGUACCUUGGAGGUGGGUACCAUGGACAGAGAUUGAAUAAGUUGUAUAGGAGUUCGAUUAAGGAGGACGAGAUUCUGGACAUUAUGAGACCCUUGAUUAAGAGGUAUGCUAAAGAACGCGAUGAAGGGGAAAGGUUCGGCGAUUUUGUCAUUAGGACGGGGUAUAUUAAGGAGACGACGGAGGGGAAGUAUUUCCAUGAUGAUACUGCGGAAGUCGAGUCGGAUGAAGAGUAAGGAGCACCCAGCCGGGCUUCUGCACAAGUGUCUAGUGUGUGUGAAACAGGAUCGGUAUAGCAUUACCGCGGUCACGAUAGCGGAGGGGACUGGGAGGGGUAGCGGAGCGAGGGCGUGAAUGGCGGUUACGGUCUCCGGUAAAUCAUUCAUUCAUUCUCUAACUCUGCAUUUACGAUGGAGUUCUCUAAAAAAAAAUGCAGAUUUUAUGUAAUUUUUCUUUUAGUUCGUAUUCUUUCUUGUAUUCACCAUACUUGAAACUUGAAACUUGAAGGGUAGUGUAGUCUACUUAACUAGAUGUCUGUUCGGACUUGCAAGAUGGCUAGUAACCGCAAACAUUGAAUGAGGAACUGC